GCGGCGGCCUGGGAAGAGGGGAAGAUGGCGGACGCCAAAGAUGGUGUUUUGUGGCCUGCGGGAGCCUCCCGUGCCCCAAUUUCAUUCAGCUUCAAUCGCGCGUCUGCCCGGAGAUGGCUGGCGGAAGACGCGGCUCCGGAGAAGGAUUUCUUGAAGACCGAAAAACGGAGGGAGCUGCAGAGUGUGCAGCCCUCAGAAGCCCCCAAGGAACUUGUCAUCCCUUUGAUCCAGAAUGGCCAUCUUAGGCAGCCACCGACCCAGGCCCCUGGGCCAUCCACACAUACUGAGGUCUUGGUGGAUGGGAUGCUGUCCCAGGCUGUGAAGGAGCUCAUUGAGGAAUCCACGCAGUCUCUGGAGGAGAGAGAGAAUGCGGGUGUCGACCCCAUGCUCGCUAUCCCUAUGAUCCAGAAAGGAUGUACCCGCAACAGGGAAGGGGCAAACAGCGAACCCCGGGCUGAGACAGUGCCGGAGGAGGCUGAUUAUGAGGCAGUCCCUGUAGAGGCCUAUGGGCUGGCCAUGCUGCGGGGCAUGGGCUGGAAACCUGGCGAGGGCAUCGGCCGUACCUUCAAUCAAGUGGUGAAGCCCCGUGUCAGCUCACUGAGGCCCAAGGGGUUAGGGCUGGGCACCAACCUGACUGAGGUCCAGGCCCUGGCCCCCACCGGCCCCCACCACCUGCUGAGGCCAGAUGAGGAGCAAGAGAAGGAUAAGGAAGACCAGCCUCAGGGACUGGUGCCUGGAGGAGCUUUGGUGGUUCUUUCUGGCCCUCACCGAGGCCUCUAUGGGAAGAUGGAAGGCCUCGACCCUGACAAUGCUCGGGCCAUGGUCCGUCUGGCUGUGGGGAGCCGCAUGGUGACUGUUAGUGAGUACUGCGUGCGGCCUGUCUCCCAGCAGGAGUUUGACAAGAACUCCUUGGAUCUGAGCCACGUGAGCAAAACUUCCCCAAGGCAACAGAAUGGAGCAACCUCGUCAUGGAAGGCCCUUCAGGAUCAGGACCUCCACGUCCGGCAGGAGGACUCAGCGAGGAAGCGGAAACAACAUCCAGACCGGUGGGACCCUGAGCAUCUCAGAUGGAGACAGGAUGGGCCUGCAGCCAAGAUUGAGAAAGCAGCUCCCAGGAGUCAGCACUGGCUGCACAGGGACCUGCGUGUGCGGUUUGUGGACAAGCUGCACAAGGGUGGCCAGUAUUACAACACCAAGAUGACAAUCGAAGAUGUCCUGAGCCCGGAUACCUGUGUGUGUCUGACAGAUGAAGGCCAGGUCCUGGAAGGCCUGAGGGAGGGCAUGCUGGAGACCCUAGUCCCCAAGGUCCAGGGCAACCGGGUGAUGGUGGUGCUGGGGCCAUGGGCUGGAAGGGUGGGCCGUCUGCUGGACCGCGACAGAGAGCAGAGCCGGGCUCUUGUGCAGCUGCAGAGAGAGAAUCGGGUGGUGGAGCUUCACUAUGAUGCCAUCUGCCAGUACGUGGGCCCCAGCGACUCGGAGGACUGACCUGUGGACACACUUCCAUCACCCAGGUUGUUACCAAUCCCAUACAGUGUGAAAAGCCUGCCUUCACGAAGUGGUGGUGGGGUCAUGGUUCCACCCUCCACUUGCAGUGCAGCCCUGGGACAGGAUGGACCAGAAGGGAGGCUAGAAACAAACCCAGUAUUUAUCAGAACUUAGUAUAUAAUA